CCUCCUCCCGCAGCCCCACCUCCCCGGUCCUGCUUAACUCCCCGCCAAGCCGGCCGUGGGGCCACCAUUGCCGUCCCCAUCGCUGGCUGUGUCCCCGUCCCCACCAUGCUGCGGUUGCUGCUGCUCUGUGUGGCCCUGGGCUGCCGGGCAGAGUGCGCGGCCCCGCUCACCUUCACCAUGCUGCAGCGGACCCGCGUCUCCAAGGGCAGCUCGGAGUUUUCGGGGAACGCCAGCCUGGACGGGCGGCUCAGCCACCUCCUGGAGGGGCUCAAUGUCACCCAGGUGCUGCCGCUGGAGCCCCCGGACGCCUGGGCCCGGCGGCGGGAGGACGUCACCAACUACCUGCACUACUUCAGCCAGCUGGUCAAGCUCUUCAGCAAGGAGAGACCCAUCAAUUACACGCAGAGCCUGUGCUGCCGCCUGGGCUGCCAGCUCUUCCCCAACGGCACGGCCUGCAGCUUCUAUGAGAUGACCCUCAACGGGACAGCUUUCCUCAGCUUCCAUGUCCCCAAUGCCACCUGGGAGCGGCGCUGGCCCGGCAGGGACGCAGUGGCCGCCUAUGCCCAGCGGGAGCUGAUGAAAUACCCCACAACCACCCAGGACCUCCAGUAUUUCCUCAACACCACCUGUGUCAGCAUCCUGCGGGCGCAGAGCGCCGGGACAGAAAAACAGAGCAGCCGGUCGCACACUCCACUGGUGCUGGGUCUGAUCCUGGGGACCUUGGCCUUGCUGGGCAUGGCCGUAGGGAUCUUCUUGUGCACGGGGGGGAGCUGCUAGCGGAGCCAGCAGCCAUCCCAUGUCACCUCGUGGGGACAGGGACGGACACACCAUCACCCCAUGGAGACAGGGACCAAGCCAGCAUCACCUGGUGGUGGCAGGGGAUGGAGCCACCAUCACCUGGUGGCAGCAGAGACAGACCCACCAUCACCCUGUAGAGGCAGGGACAGACCCAUGUCACCCCGUGGUGGCAGGGGAUGGACCCAUGUCACCCCACGGAGACACGGACGGACCCACCAUCACCCUGUGGCACCAGGGACGGAUCCAGCAUCAGCCCGUGAAUGCAGGGAUGGAACCACUGCAACCCCAUGGUGGCAAGGGACAAACUCACGGUCACCCCAUGGUGGCAGAGGAUGGAACCACCAUCACCCCGUGGACACAGGGAUGGACUCAUGUCACCCUGUGGAUCAGGGAUGGACCCACCGCCACCCCAUGGACACAGGGACGGACUCAUGUCACCAGUCCCCAUGCCCUGCAUCUCCACAGCAUUGCGGGUUUUGCUCCCAAAGGCCACAGGUGGCUUCCCUGCCCUGUCCCAGCUGGGUUGUCCCCCCAGGAGCAGCUCCCACCCUGGGGACAGUCCCCACACUGGGCUGACGUGAUGCGCUGAGCCUGAACACGGACACACGGAUGGAAAAAUGGGGCGGAGGGGUGUGUGGGGGAAAAUGGCAGGAGAAACAGGCAAAAAAGGUCAUCAAAACCCUUAUUUAUCCCUGUUGGGAGGGGGAUAAAUGCCUGGGGGGAGGAUGUCACACCCUAGUGACACUGCUUGGACCUGUCCCCUAAUAAAUGCACUCUGUCUGCUC